CUCCCCCGCGCCUCACGGUGCGUGGCUGCUCGUUGGCUACUUAGGACGGAAGCUCGGUUGGUGUUUCUCCAGAAGCUUCCCCCUUGGGCGGCGGCGGCCGUGAUAACUGCAGUAGUAACAGCUCCGGGAGCGGCAACAGUGACUCUUCGGGAUGGCGGCCGCCGCAGCAGGACCUGCACCAACUCAGAGGUUUUUCCAGAGCUUCUCAGAUGCUCUGAUCGACGCGGACCCCCAGGCGGCGUUAGAGGAGCUGACUAAGGCUUUGGAACAGAAACCAGAUGAUGCGCAGUAUUAUUGUCAAAGAGCUUAUUGUCACAUUCUUCUUGGGAAUUACUGUGAUGCUAUUGCCGAUGCAAAGAAGUCUCUUGAACUCAAUCCAAAUAAUUCCACUGCUAUGCUGAGAAAAGGGAUAUGUGAAUACCAUGAAAAAAACUAUGCUGCUGCUUUAGAAACUUUUAAAGAAGGACAGAAAUUAGAUAGUGUAGAUGCAGAUUUUGUUGUCUGGAUUAAGAGGUGUCAAGAUGCUCAGAAUGGAUCAGAAUCUGAGGUGAAUCAUUCUGCAUCCCAGCAGACUCACCAGUCAAAAAUCAAGUAUGACUGGUAUCAAACAGAAUCCCAAGUAAUCAUUACACUUAUGAUCAAGAACGUUCAGAAGAAUGAUGUAAAUGUGGAAUUUUCAGAAAAAGAGUUGUCUGCUUUGGUCAAACUUCCUUCUGGAGAGGAUUACAAUUUGAAAUUGAGACUUCUUUAUCCUAUAAUACCAGAACAGAGCAUAUUUAAAGUGCUUUCAACAAAGAUUGAAGUUAAAAUGAAAAAAACAGAGGCUGUGAGAUGGGAAAAACUAGAAGGGCAAGGAGAUGUGCCUAAGCCUAAACAGUUCAUCGCAGAUGUAAAGAACCUAUAUCCAUCAUCAUCUCACUAUACAAGAAAUUGGGAUAAAUUGGUUGGCGAGAUCAAAGAAGAAGAAAAGAAUGAGAAGUUGGAGGGAGAUGCAGCUUUAAACAAAUUAUUUCAGCAGAUCUAUUCAGAUGGUUCUGACGAAGUGAAACGUGCCAUGAACAAAUCAUUUAUGGAGUCUGGUGGUACAGUUUUGAGUACCAAUUGGUCUGAUGUAGGUAAAAGGAAAGUUGAAAUCAAUCCUCCUGAUGACAUGGAAUGGAAAAAAUAUUGAAUAAAUUAAUUUGCUAUCACUUUUGCGUAUAUUCACCUAAUGCCCGUUGUGUAUUGCUAUUACAUUCUUGAAUUUUGAACACUGACUAUCUUUUGAAAGAUUAUACCUCUUUGUGCUUUAGAAAUUAUUUUCCUUCAGAUGUUCUAAGUAUCUAAUGAAUGAAGAUCACAUUUUAUCACUUCUGUCCUUAAGAAUUUCAGUCAUGCUGAAACUGACAUAUCAUUUGCUUCUAGAUAGAUUAGUUCUAUCUAGUUGUGGGAGUGGGAGAAUCUUUAAUGGCAUAUCUCUUGUUAUUGCCUUACUUUUGAUGCAGUAUUCUGUUAAUAAUUUAUUAGCCCUGGCAACUUUGAGUGAGCAUAGAUUUUUCAACCUCAGUGUUAAAUUGUGUUUGCUCUUAAAAACUGCUUUUGAAUCGAGUUGUAAAUACAGUUUUUCUAUGAAGAA